AUGGCUUGCUCCUCGACAGAAGAGAAAUACGGCUACGAAGACUGUCGAUUUGAGAAAGAUGUCGACGAAAAUUUUCAUUGUUCUAUCUGCUACAAUGUUCUUAAAGAACCGAGGAUGUGUAGGAAUAAUGAACACGUCUUUUGUCUCGCCUGUAUCACUCAACAUUUGAAGGUAAAUUCUCAAACCUGUCCUGAAUGUAACGAACAUUUGAGUGUAGAUACGCUUCGUCGCCCGCGGUUAGUGAAUAAUUAUUUAUCAAAGCUGAAGAUCAAUUGCGAUUAUGCCAGUCGAGGAUGUACUGAGUUUACCUAUGUUGAAGAUCUCGAAAAUCAUGUUGCAAGUUGUGGUUUUACGCCCGUGGUGUGUUCAAAUGAAAAUUGUGACAUGAAGAUUAACAAGCAAGAUAAGGUCCAUCAUGAGACUGUGGCUUGUGUCUAUAGAAAAGCGAACUGCCAUGAGUGCGAACAGGUACAGGAGGAUGUGGGAAGAUUGAAAGGACGUUUUGUGAAACUGGAGAACAACCAUGAUGAAAUUAAACGCGACCAAGAAGAAGUCAAGAAAGAGGUAAAAGAGGUUAGGAAAGAAGUAAAAGAUGUGAAAGAAAAUCUUUCUAAAGUGAACAAAGACGUGAACGAAGUCAAAGUCAUGAUGUCUCAAAUGUUAGAGACGUUGAACAUGUUUGAACAUCUUAACAAACUUCCAUCACCGACUGUGGAAAUGUUGAAUGCGCCAAAAGAAGAUAUUUUAAUUGCAGGAGGUGGUGAACGUUUCGGUAAAACGGCAAAAAGUACAGAAAUAUAUUCUUGGGAGAAAGGUGGUUGGUUUGAGGUGUCGGCAACGAAUAAUGAGCACAUCGGGGCUUCCUCGUUUAUUUAUAAUGAUCAACAAUUAUUUGUUGUUGGGGGAUCCGAACAUAAAGUAAUUGAGACCAUGAAUAUUAAUGAAUUACCUUUGAAAUGGAUGAAAUUUUCGGCAGAACUUCCUUAUGGGUGUGAUGAUCAUCAAACUGUUGUUCACCAGCAGAGUGUCAUUCACAUUGGUGGAUUUAAUUAUCACAGCAGAAGGCGGUCUAAUGUGAUUAGUGAAUUGCAACUUACUGCAGAUUGCACUAUGAAGGAGUUGUGGCAAAUGGCUGAGCCACGAGAAGGUCAUGGCGCUGAGUUACUCGGCCAUGAUAAAGUUCUGAUUCUUGGAGGAGAGAAAUCUACAAAUUGUAAAGAUGCUUUGGAAAGUGUGUUAGAAUUUGAUUCAACGAAGAAUGAGUGUAAGAAGAUGCCACCAUUACCACAGCCCUUGUCAAGAAUGGGAACGGUUCGCUGGAGAGAUAAAGUAGUUGUUCUUGGAGGUCGUAAUGAAAGAAACGAGAUCCUGAGUGAUGUUUUCAUGUAUGACUGCAAGACGGGCAAGACCACACCCUUACCAUCCCUGUUAGAGAAGAGAUAUCAAUGCUGUGCGGUCAUUACUGGAAAUACAAUUGUGGUUAUGGGGGGUAAGAAUGAGAAGGAAGAAAUUCUCAAUUCGGUUGAGUGCUUUACAAUGGGAGACCAUUCCACAUGGGAGUAUCUUCCUGCAAUGAAUAAAGCCAGACACAGAGCAGUUGCUGAGGUUUUACCUUCCACAAGAAAAUAUGUGUAA